AUGGGAAAGUCAAGAGAUCUAUUCAAGAAAAUUGGGGAUCUAAAAGUUACCUUUCAUGCUAAAGUGGGUGUGAUAAAAGACAAAAAUGGCAGGGACUUAACAGGAGAAGAUCAGAUAAAGAAGAAAUGGCAGGAAUACAUUGAAGAUCUAUACAGGAAGGAUCUUAACAGCAGUGAUGACCUCAAUAGUUGGUCCAAUGAGAUGGAACCAGAAAUCUUGGGGAGCGAAGUUAGAUGGGCCCUAGGAUGCCUUGCAGAUAACAAUCUACAUCCCAAUCCCAAAAAAGGCAAUGCCAAAGAGUGCUCCAAUUAUCGAACAAUUGCACUAAUUUCAAAUCCCAGCAAGGUAAUGCUUAAGAUCCUACAAGCUCGAUUCAAACAAUAUAUGGACCAGGAAUUACCAGAUGUAUGUUCUGCAGAGGACGAGGCACAAGAGAUCAAAUUGCCAAUGUACAAUGGGUAA